AUUACCUCUGAAAAAAUUCACAGAACCGUGAGGAUAAGAAAAAUAAAUAAAUAAAUAAAUAAAACAAUAGGAGAAGGUUAUGUUCUUCAACAACAAUUAAAUUAUAAAAUUCCAAAACGGAAAAAAUAUGGUUCGGGCUCAACUGGUGAUAACCCCCUGGAAAUACCUGUCGUUUUCUCCGAAGCCCUUGAAGACCAAUUUUUUUCAUUCCACUUCCUCUCAACAAUCAGAGACUUCAAAAUGUGGAUGGAAAGUCCUGUUCUUUGGAACCGAUGAAUUCGCCCUGGAGAGCCUUAAACGACUGCACCAAGAAUACAGGUCAAAGAGGCAUGUCAAUCACCUGGAGGCUGUGACAGCUUACGAGGGAGAUGAAAAUGCCGUGACUAAAUAUGCACAAGACCACGGAAUCAAAAUUCACCACUGGCCUAUGGAGGCUUGUCUGGACUUUGAUAUUGGACUGGUGGUCUCCUUCGGGCGCUUGAUACCCUCCAGAAUCAUUAAAUCAUUUCCACUAGGAAUGAUAAAUGUUCACGCGAGUUUAUUACCGAGAUGGAGGGGAGCAGCGCCGAUAAUUCAUGCCCUUAUGAAUGGGGAUAGAACGACUGGAGUGACAAUCAUGAAGAUUGCACCGAAAAAAUUCGACGUAGGAGAAAUAAUCAAUCAAAAAGAAAUUCAAAUAGACGAUCACGAGACCCAAAUACAGCUGCACAAAAGACUAGCGAGUAUGGGUGGAGAUUUACUGAUGGAAACGUUAGGAAAAUUGCCAGAUAUAAUUAAUUCGGGGAUAGCCCAGUCGCCCGAGAAUGUAACAUAUGCUCCAAAAAUACAGAAAAAUAUCUCUAUCGUGAAGUGGAAAGAAAUGACAGCGAGAGAUGUUUAUAAUCUCCAAAGGGCCCUCACUGGAAUAUUUCCACUGAAAACAACAUUUCAAGGGAAGUCUGUCAAGAUCUUUGGAGUGAAAUUAGUCAAAAAAAUCCCGAGAGACUGCUAUGAACGUGAAUCGAAUCCUGGAAAAAUCUACUACGACAAAAAUGAAGGCUCGCUGCUCGUGCAAUGUAAGAACGACAGUUGGGUGACGGUCGACGAAAUUGCGUUGGCUGGAAAGCCAAAAAUGUCAGCGACGGACUUCAACAAUGGAUUUUUCAAGAAUCGGUGGGACAGAGUGUUAUUUUUUGGAGUAGAACAACAACCCAACAAUGAAAACAAGAUAAACAAAAGAGUAUUGAAGUUAUGAGAUAAUAAACGAACUGAUUAAAUUUGA